UCUCUAAAAAAAGGUAAAAACAAGUCAAUCAAUUCGUGUGUUCCUCCUUGUACCAACUCCCUCCCAAUCACUAUCAUUUCUGACUCGAGGAAAACAUUCUCCAAACUGAUGGCCUCUCAAAGAUUACCCUAUCAGGUGCAAACCGCUGACACGUUUCCACCCACCACCAACAGAAAAACCUCACUGUGCCCAAAUCCUUAGCCGCAGAUACUCCACUGACAGGCAUUACACCAUCGCCCCUGCUACGAAGAUCUGCAGCUGCGUUAGAUUCAGGUUUCAUAUUUAUAGCUACCCUCUGGAUAACACCAACGUUUUAUCAGAACGCGAGGUAUUCCACGUAAAAAUAUAUAUAUAUAUUUUUUUUCAUAUUCGAUUUUACGCACUUGUCCCCUUUUGCCAUUUUCCCACUGUGGAAUCGGAAGAUUUAAAAUGAUCCUUGCAAUGUGUAGAUAUCCCCCGCAGGUACGGACGGAACUGAAGUACCUCUGAUCUUUGGGGGAGCACCUUUGGGAGGAAAGAGGGUGCGCGCAAUGGAUUUUUAAACAAGGGGAAAUCUACUAAGCAAUGGUUGCAAGUUGAAUAUUUCCGCGCCUGGCAAGACACCGCUGUCUAAACGGACCGUGAGAGCGGAGCUAGGAGAUUUGGAGGCGGACAAGAAACAAUACGUUACCUUUUCCCUCUGGAUCAUUUUCUUACAACAAGGAAGCACCUAAUGUUGCAUGCAGUGACAUUUUUGCACUCCAGUUAUUUAUCAUUACACUGGGAUUCAAAGGCACCUCCGGGAUUGUGUGCGUAAGGACGCUGGCGGGUCUAUCCUCAACUUCUCUCGGGGCUUUAAAACUGUGGAAACAGGUGUAUUUCAGCAAGUCAAGAUGUCUGUUGUGCCUUCGAGGUUCAUAUACCUGUGUUUACAUUUUCUGGUCCUCUAUUUCCAGCUCCAGGAAUCUCAACAGAGCUCAGCCGAUUUCAGGAUCUAUAUUGAGAACCACACGCGGAACCCGGACGACCUGAGCCGGAAGCAGAUCCGUAUCUACCAGCUGUACAGCCACACCACGGGCAAGCAUGUCCAGAUCCUGGGCAAGAAGGUCAACGCCAACGGAGACGAUGGGGGCAAGUACGCUCUUCUUGUUGUCGAGACGGAAACCUUUGGGAGCCAUAUUCGAAUAAAAGGGAAGGAGAGUGAGUAUUACAUCUGUAUGAACAAGAAUGGCAAAAUAGUUGGAAAGCUCAAUGGAAGGAAUCAGGAGUGCGUCUUCGUGGAAGAAUUCUUGGAGAACAAUUACACUGCUCUCGUGUCGGCCAAGUACAAAGGGUGGUACCUAGGCUUCAACAGGAAGGGGAGGCCCAAAAAAGGAUCGCGGACCACACAAACACAACAGGAAGUGCAUUUCAUGAAACGCCACCCGAAGGGCAAGGUGGACCCACUGGAAGAGUUCCGUUUCACGACAGUAACUAAGCGGACACGAAGGGCGCGUCGCUUAAAACAGAACCCCGAAACUAACUGAUGGUCCGAUGGGACAUCAGACACACUGUUUUCCCAAGGAAAUCACGAGAUUCUUGCCUUAAAACACCUUGAAGACUUUUGUAAAAAAAAAAAGAACGACGACAAAAAAAGAACAAACAUUUCAAAGAUGUUUUAUUUUUAUAUUUCAGGAACAUUGAACAUCUCCCAAAUGUUGGGUGUUUCUGGGUUGUUAUAAUUAUUAUAAUGUGUCUUAUUUUAUUUAUAUCGGAUAACUAAGGAUGACAAAGGGCCCUUAUUGCUUAUCUUCGGCUCCUUUGAAUUGCAAACUGAAGGCAUAUUUCUGACAAUGAGGGUGGGAAGCAUGAGUUUAUAAAUGUUAUAAAAAGAAAGUACUAGAUUUUAUUGGAAUACCUGUCAGUUUUGUUUGUGUGUCUCC